GACGUUUUCUGCUUUCCUGUUUGCAUUUUGUCUUGUUCAGGUUGAUCGGUGGAGGAGGUGGUCUGGAAAAUGGCUGACGGAGUUGAUCACAUCGACAUCUACGCCGAUGUUGAAGAGGAUUUCAACCAGGAAUCAGACUACCCUGCCCAUGACCAGAUAGACUUGUAUGACGAUGUUAUCUCUCCUUCGGCCAAUAAUAACGGAGACGCACCUGAGGACCGGGACUACCUGGACAACCUACCCCCACCUGCUGGCUCCGAGGGGAACAAGAGCACCCCGCCCAACGUGGUUUACACGUACACUGGCAAGCGGAUCGCCCUGUACAUAGGCAAUCUCACAUGGUGGACAACAGACGAAGAUUUGACAGACGCCAUUGGAUCAAUAGGCAUUAAGGAUCUGCUGGAGAUCAAGUUCUUUGAGAACAGAGCCAACGGCCAGAGUAAAGGGUUUGCCCUGGUGUGUGUGGGCUCAGACACGUCCUCUAGGAAGCUACUGGACCUGCUGGCUAAACGGGAGCUCCACGGACAGAACCCCAUUGUUACCCCCUGCAACAAACAGUCCCUCAGCCAGUUCGAGAUGCAGUCUCGGAAAAGCCCAGGUACAUCGGGUGGGCAGAUGUCCGGAGAUGGGAAGGCGGGACCCCCCACCAUGGGCCCCCGCGGUGGCUUCCCCAUGGGCAUGGGUAGGGGCCGAGGCCGCUUCCCCGGGCCUCCUGGUCCUGGAGGAGACCGCUUCCCUGGGCCCAUCGGACCCGGAGGGCCCCCGCCUCACUUCCCAGGGUCGGGGAUGAGGCCACCUGAACUCAUUAACCAUAGACACCAAGAAGGCCACCUGAUGGAUAUGAAUUUCAAUUGCUUCCCGCCGGGACGUGAUGGGAAUUGGCGACCCAGAGGUGGUAUGCAGGGCCCACCUCGACCCCCUCCUGGACCACUAGGUCCCCCUGGACCCCUAGGCCCCCCUCCCCCAGGACAGGGCCUCCCCCCUCCCAUGCAAGGCCCCCCCAACCGUGGCGACCGCCCCCCACCCCCGGUCAUGUUCCCCGGCCAGUUCGGCCAGCCCCCCAUGGGUCCUCUCCCCCCUGGCCCUCCCCCACACGGCUUCGGCCCUCCUCCCGGCCCCCCACCUCCCCAACAGGGCCCUCCACCCCCGGGUCAUUUCCCUCCUCGCCCCCCCGGGCCCCUUGGACCACCUCUGGCCCUCGCUCCCCCACCACACAUGACUGGGCCCCGACCUGGAGGCCCCCCACCGGCUCCCCAUGUCAACCCAGCGUUCUUCCCUCCUCCUGGGGGUCCUAACAACAUGGGGGGCCCUCCUGGAGGAGACGGCAGGGGCCCCAACGGGCCCAACGACCCCUAUGGACGGCCACCUCCGUAUGACCGGGGAGACUUCGGCCCCGCCGGCAGUAACCAGCGUCCCCCGCUAAUCUGUGAGUUUGACCUCAGGGCCCCCCUGCCCCGCGGCUGCCCAGACCCCUGGAUUAACGAGGGUUUGGUCGAUCUGAAAAAUGGCGGCCAGCACUUGCACAAUGCGAGUGACCCAGGGGAGAUGGAGUCGGCGCGGACACCGCUGAGCGAGGCAGAGUUUGAGGAGAUCAUGAACCGGAACCGAGCCAUCUCCAGUAGUGCCAUCUCUAGGGCGGUGUCAGAUGCUAGCGCUGCUGACUACGGCAGUGCCAUAGAGACUCUGGUGACAGCCAUCUCUCUGAUCAAGCAGUCCAAGGUCUCUGCUGACGACCGUUGUAAAGUCCUCAUCAGCUCUCUACAGGACUGUCUCCACGGCAUCGAGAACAAGUCCUACGGCUCUGCCUCCAGUUCUGCCCCUAAAAGACGCGAGAGGUCGAGGGAGCGUGACCACAGCCGAUCCCGGGAGAAGAGCCGGCGCCACAAGUCCCGUAGCCGCGACCGCCAUGAGGACUACUACCGCGAACGCAGCCGGGAGAGAGAACGGCACCGCGGGGACAGAGAACGAGAACGUGAAAGAGACCGUGAGAGGGAGUACCGACAUCGUUAGCGGAGCCUACGGAAGAGGACAGGGACGAGGACGCCUCUUCACAACCAGCAGGCCCUACAUCAGGAUCGCCUUGUCAACUAGUCCCCCCCCCCCCCCUCUGUCUGUGUCUCCAUGGUUACCAGGGGACUGACUACCUGGGAAUCGCUCACAGCUGUGUAAGGCUAUAAGUAGUGUUCUUUAAAAUCAUUCUCAUGGUAUAAAAAAAAACUACUCAACAGCUAUUUUUAUUUUACUGAAAUUUUAUUUGAUGUGAACGAAAAAAUUAUUACCUACCUGUGUUGACAGGCUUCUUUCAAGCUUUGCGAAAAUAACAAAUGACUACAUUUGCCUGCUCUAUUCCAAAACGGACAACUUUUGACUGCUAUAAUGUGUACAUUUUGUCAGGUUAAGAGCUGAUUUUUACAGGGAGGUUUUUUUGUUGGUUUUUCGUCUUCAUUUCCUCUCGUGCCCCUCCCUACUUUUCUCGUUAGGAUAAUGUUUGUAAAUGUCUCUGCUUUGAAUAUUAAAAUAGAUUCUGUGUUGUAAUAAACUUGUUUACUGGGGUUUUGACACUUAAUAAUAAUUUACAUGUGUAUGUUUUUCCCUGCAUACAUUUUUCAUGUUGAAUUUGACGAAAUAGUUAUUUUAAAUUUACUCUCACUUAAGUUGCAAAGUUGUGCUGUUAUUGACCAAAUGAAGCACGGUUGACCAAAAAAUUGUAUUUGUCCCGAUGCCCAGAAUUAGUGAAUUUAGCGUUAACUACUUAUGCAUUGAAUGAUCAUGUGACAGAUAUUUUAAUCUUUGACUUAUCAGUUUGUUCUAAAAGUUCUACUUAAAAUGUAGCUACUUGUUGACAAACGUUUGUUUUUAGUCUCAGUAUACUUCUGUUUGCCAUUUGAAUUCCAAAGGUGAAAAUCCAUGUCUUUUGCUAAGUGAUUUUAGAGGUAUUCAGGACUUGAUUAUACUUGGAAAAAACUAUAUUUUUUUUUUCUUGAUUUUCAUUUUUUUUUUUUUUAUGUUACCAGGAAGUACAUUCCAAGGGUUCAUUACUCUAAUAUUAUUGACACAAGUAGAACAAAAUUAUUGACUUAUAUGGAAUUAUUUUAGUGAUAGAUCAACCUUCACAGAUCUGGACAAUACGACUACUGUGAACCGAAUUGGUCUCUUAUCUGCAAACUUGUGCUCUGAUUGGCUGGCUGAUGUACUGCACUGAUUUCUUAUUGAGUUGCUUAUAUCCCACUGGUUUAGGCCAGUGAGGGUUGUAGCCUGGUCCCAGAUCUGUAUAUACUACUUCUUAUUGAGUUCCUUGUCCCACUGGUUUAGGCCAGUGAGGGUUGUAGCCUGGUCCCAGAUCUGUAUAUACUACUUCUUAUUGAGUUGCUUAUCCCACUGGUUUAGGCCAGUGAGGGUUGUAGCCUGGUCCCAGAUCUGUAUAUACUUUGGCAGAGUCUUGACUCAUUGUCUUGUCAACAUUGAAUAGCAAUAACAAUGCUAGACUAGUUGGCUAAAACGCAUACAGACCUGAGUGGUAUACUACAAAGCAGGACCAAUGUGUUAGCCAGAUAAUUUGCUUAAAUAAUUUUUUGGGGGGGAAAGAAGCUUGACUCCAUAAGCAAAAAUGCAUAUCUAAGUUCGGCUUUUCUUAAUGAGCCAGAAAAUCACAUGGUUAUCAAAGUUAGCUGGCUAAUGCAUUGGUCCUGUUUUGUAGGAUCCCCUUCUGGGACCAGGCCAUGGGGCUGGGUAUAGUUGAUUACAGUAGUAAUGAGGGUCUGGGACAAGGCUGAGGGGCUGGGUGUAGUAAAUGGUUGAUUACAGUAGUAAUGAGGGUCUGGGACAAGGCUGAGAGGCUGGGUGUAGUAAAUGGUUGAUUACAGUAGUAAUGGGGGUCUGGGACUGAGCCAAGGGGCUAGGUGUAGUAAAUGAAUUGGGAUUACAGUAGUGAGGGUCUGGGACAAGGCUGAGGGGCUGGGUGUUAUAAAUGGGGAUUACAGGAGUGAGGGUCUGGGUGUUGUAAAUGGAUGGGGAAUUACAGUAGUGAGGGUCUGGGACAUGGCUGAGUGGCUGGGUGUAGUAAAUGGAUGGGGAUUACAGUAGUGAGGGUCUGGGUAUUGUAAAUGGAUGGGGAUUACAGUAGUGAGGGUCUGGGUGUUGUAAAUGGAUGGGGAUUACAGUAGUGAGGGUCUGGGACAAGGCUGAGUGGCUGGGUGUAGUAAAUGGAUGGGGAUUACAGUAGUGAGGGUCUGGGACAAGGCUGAGGGGCUGGGUAAUUGUAAAUGGAUGGGGAUUACAGUAGUGAGGGUCUGGGUGUUGUAAAUGGAUGGGGAAUUACACUAGUGAGGGUCUGGGACAAGGCUGAGGGGCUGGGUGUAGUAAAUGGAUGGGGGAAUUACAGUAACGAGUAUUCAAGUGAGGUGUCCAUUUUGUAAAGCAUGAGAGCACAAUCCUUCCCUGGCUUCUCAGGGUCUGUCCACUGACUGGUCUGCCAGAUUAAAAUAACUGAUAUUGAUGCCUGUUUUAAGGCGGUAAAACCUACCUCCUCUACUCCUAUGUAUUUUCUAAAUGGCGCUGAUAGACAUUAGUGGUGCUCUCCUGCUUGCAUUGUGUUGACACUCUAAAGAUAGAUAUUUAGGUGGUUAUUGUGGCUAGAAUCAUUCACUGAAACGAAUGCUCCAGUCAACUAAACAUAUAUUUUUAUUUGAAUUUUAUUGGUUAGACAUUAUUGGUUAGACAUUACAUCCAACUAUUGGCACAUAAAUAUCUCCAAGUUUUUAUCAAUAUUGCCCACUAGCUACAACGAGCAUUUUGAGGACUUAACAAUGUGUUUGACAUGGAAUGUUAUUGAAUGGAACCUUUAGUGAAGUUCACCUUCAGGUAAAGUUCGCAUGACAGACACUUCGUUUUUUUAUACGUGGAACUUUUGUAUUGCAUUUUAUUGUAUAAAUGCACUGAGAUAUUGAAUAUGGUGUAAAGCAUUCAUAAUGCUCUAUGUAGCUAGUAUACCAUGUUUAUUGUGCUAAUGGACAGGUUAUCAAUGCUUUGUUACCUAUUCGCAGAUCAUUACGAAUAGCUUUCCAGCCCCAACGUCUUUUCAAACCGGUUGAAUAUUUGAGUGGAGCUGGUUUGAUACGUCAAUACUGUACAUAUAUACGCAGUCGACAAGUGUUACUCAUGCUCAAUUAGUGUUGUCAUUUUGUACAUAUAAUAAUGCAUCCAUUUUAGAUAUUACCUUCAAAUACUUUUUACAAUCAGAUCCAGAGUUUUACCUGAUCAAUUUCUCUCUCAGACGUGUUCAGGAAAUGGAACUUUUUUUAAAGGUGCACUGUCUUGUUUUGAGUGGUUUCAAUAAACUAGUUUCCUCCGUCUUUGAUGUCGGGUCUCCGUGAACCAUUAGGCCAAAUGUUACUGUUCCUGACAUUGCUGAUUUGGCUUCAUCAAAUGUCCACUUAAUCAAUAGAAUGCAAUGUAUAAAGGCUGGAAUAAGACCGGAGGAUAUUACUGAGGUCUGUAGUUUUUCUGUUUUGUGAAAAUAUUAUAACGGUCUAAUUUACUCAAACUUAAAACCAUGUUUUUUUUCUCAGGUAGGAUUCACACGAUAAAAAAUGGGAAACUAGUUAUUUUCUUUAUUUAUAUAUUUACUCAUAGUUACACUUACACCAAAUGCUGAAUUGUACAGUAGGCUGUAGUUCUUUUUGCCCUGAUUUAAUUUACAGCUCCAUGACAUUCACCCGAAGGUAAGUCGUCGGUUCCAGAUCCAUGAAGAAUGACGGAUGCAAAUUUUCUGAAAUAGUUGCUAUUCAAUAUACUUAAUGUAUUCCUCUUCGCGUUAUAGCAAAGUAAGGAAAUCAUUAAAGUGAUGGAACUACAAUUACAUGGAUAAUUGUUAUCAAAUAUACAAGAUAAAUGUCUCAAUCAGACAGGAUUGAUUAUUGCAUUAUUACACUGCAGACUAAAACACUGUCGAUGUGUGUUUAUUUCAGGUUAUAUUGCUAUUUUAAUUAUAUGAUUUAUUAGACUAUUUGCUGUAAGAAAAAAGGCAGUAGGUUCUCUGAGUUUGUACCACCUUGUGCCUUCUCAAAAAAUAAAAUAAUCGAAACUA